UUCCUUCCCUCCAUGGUGGUGUUGGUGGAAAUGUGGAGAUUUCAGGCAGACAGACUGAGUGGAUUCGUCUCUGCGAUAGCAGCUCUUUGUCUCGCCUGCUGUGCUCAAAGCCCAUCCACUGGGAACAUUUCGGUGGUCAAAGAGAUUGUGGACAAACUGCUGAAAGGGUACGAUGUCCGACUCCGGCCUGACUUUGGAGGUAACCCUGUUACGGUGGGAAUGAGCAUCCAUAUUUCAAGCAUUGAUCAGAUUUCAGAAGUCAACAUGGACUACACCAUCACCAUGUAUUUCCAGCAAAGUUGGCGAGACAAGCGCUUGGCCUACAGUGACCUGCCGCUGAAUCUCACUCUGGAUAACCGUGUGGCUGAUCAGUUGUGGCUCCCAGACACCUACUUCCUGAAUGACAAGAAGUCCUUCCUGCAUGGGGUGACUGUGAAGAACCGGAUGAUUCGGCUCCACCCAGAUGGGACAGUCCUGUAUGGCUUGAGAAUCACCACCACAGCGGCUUGCAUGAUGGACCUGAGGAGAUACCCCCUUGACCAGCAAAACUGCACCUUGGAAAUCGAGAGCUAUGGCUACACAGUCGAUGACAUUGUCUUCUUUUGGCAAGGAAAUGACUCCGCUGUGACUGGGAUAGAGGUUCUGGAGCUGCCCCAGUUCACCAUCAUUGAGCAAAGACUGGUCACCAGGGAAGUGAUCUUCACCACAGGCUCCUACCUUCGAUUAUCCCUCAGUUUCCGGAUCAAAAGAAACAUUGGUUACUUCAUCCUGCAGACUUACAUGCCUUCUAUACUCAUCACCAUCCUCUCCUGGGUCUCUUUCUGGAUUAAUUAUGAUGCCUCUGCAGCCCGUGUUGCUCUAGGGGUCACCACCGUUCUCACCAUGACCACCAUCAACACCCACCUGCGAGAGACCCUCCCCAAGAUCCCCUACGUCAAAGCCAUUGAUGUCUAUCUCAUGGGCUGCUUUGUUUUUGUGUUUCUGGCACUCUUGGAGUAUGCGUUCGUCAAUUACAUUUUCUUUGGACGCGGCCCCCGGCAGCAGAAGAAACAGAGUGAACGCAUCAACAGGGCGAAUAACGAGAGGCACCGAUACGAGGAGAAGAGGGUGAGAGACCAGGUUGACCCCUAUGGGAACAUCCUUCUCAGCACUCUGGAAAUGAACAAUGAGCUCCUGGCUACGGAUAUGAUGAGCACAAUGGGAGAUUCUCGAAACUCUGUCAUGUCUUUUGAAGGAUCAGGAAUCCAGUUCCGCAAGCAGCUGGCUUCCCGGGAUGGCUUCGGACACCACCCCACCUUAGACCGCCACGUCCCACUGUCCCACCACGCUGCCGCUGCUGCCGCCCGCAACCGCGCGAACUGCCGACUCCGCCGGCGCUCUUCGAAGCUGAAGCUCAAAAUUCCGGACCUGGCAGAUGUCAGCACCAUUGACAAGUGGUCUCGGAUCAUUUUUCCCAUCACCUUUGGAUUCUUCAACCUGGUUUACUGGUUGUACUAUGUAAAUUGAUGCCUGCCGGCCACGGAAGACAUAGCGAAAGACACUCAAACUAUGACAACAACAACAACAACAACACCGGAGUGCUGCAGU